AUGGAGAAGGCGAUGGUUUACACCUUCCUGGCCAUUGCCUUCAUGGUCCUCUUGUCAUUGUUUAGCAGACAGCGUAGCCAUCAUCAUCCGAUGGGCUUGAACCAUCGUCUUGCUCACAAGGUAUCGUUCGAUGCUAUGGUGUUGAGAAUCGAGAGGUGGACUAAAGAUAAAGGGCCGGACAAAAACAUAUCUUACGUUCCCUAUGUCGAGGAUGCCCGGGGGUAUUUUCAAGAUGAUGGGACUUCGAACACCAUGUUGAGGUUGAUGAUUUUGUUCCCUUUGUUGGAUAAUGCAUCGAAGGAUUGUAAGAUCAACGCAGAGGAGCUCGGGGUUUGGAUAACGCAACAGGUCGUUGAUCGUAUGCGGUAUAGAACGGAUAAUAAAGAGAUGGCUUGGCAUGAUAAGAAUAGGGAUGGGGCUAUCAACGUCGACUAG